CGAAGCGCAGCGCGAGAGUACCUGCUACUUUCCACUAUGCGCGGUGCGGUGAAGCAAACCCACCGCUCUUGACGCCCCUACUGUAUAUCUGGUGCGGUUUUCUCUCGCUGUGUGCACUUGGCUACAGUUGUAGUUCUUAAAGGUGUUUGAAUUCGACUCUCGUAUAGGCUACCUAUUUUAAUGAAUGUAUGGGAUUGCCCCAACGUUUAUUUUCAAAUCAUUUACGUUUAAUGCAAGACGUAUAGUUUCUUCAUGGCGUCUCAACAGCAGUCAAGAAUUCAGUCCUAUCUGGAGAAAAAUAAAAUUGGACCGCUGUUUGAGGAGAUGAUGACCAGUCUGAUAAGUGAGACCCCAGAUCACCCUAUUCCUUUUCUCAUCAAUCACCUGCAGACCAAGCAAGGCAGCCCCGGCAAGCUGCACAGGACACUGUCGGGCUCCGCCGCACUGUGGGCCCAGAGCUCUGCAGGAGAGAGUAAAGGACGCCGUGACUUCAGGAGUUAUGAGAAGCCCUGGCAGAUCCAUCCUAAGAAACCCAAGAAGUCUAAGAGUGAUCUGGCUGUGUCUAACAUCUCCCCUCCCUCACCAGAGUCCAAGUCCCUGCCGCGGUCCAUAGAGCAUCCAUCGUGGGAGUGGAGGGAGAGCAAAGACUUUGAUGAGCUCAACCACAUCCUGCAGGAGAGCAAGAAGCUGGGCAAGGCUCUGGAGAACCUGUCACGCAGUAUCGCUGCUUCUGAUGAACUUGAUCAGAACCUUGGGGGGUAUAACUCAGUGCUGCGGCCCAGGGUUGUGGGGGAGUGGGUGGGCAGGGAGGAAGAGGAUCCAGACCCCCUGGCAGCAGAGAUGCUCCAGCCCCCAGUCCCAAGGAACAAGACUGAGGUGUGGGGGAGGGCCAAUAACAGCCCCGCCUUGAGUGUGAAGAUGGAGGGGAAGAGUAAAGGGUUGAAGCAGCAGCAGCAGCAUCACAAGAAGCUCCUGGCGGCCAUGUUGUCCCAGGAUUCCUUUGACUCCGCCCAUAGCUCCGCCCCCUCACUCACCGAGGAGGAAAUAGAGGAUGAGGAUGAUGCCAUGGAACUGUUGGGUGUUUUUAUAGGAGAAAGGGUGGCCCCUGUUAGCGUCAAAAUGAAGAUGCAUCUGACAAACAAGGACCUAGAUGACCUGCGUAUGGAGGGGGUAACAGGACUGGCCCCGUCAGGAAGUAAGUUCAGUCAGGGUCGUAGCUCCUACCUCCCAGAGCCCCAAGCCAAGGUCACACUCAACAUCUGCUCAAGGUGUGCAAGGCUGCAGGGGGACAGUCUGUCAGAUGCCAGUAGACCAGAAGAGGACCAGCACCAUGGACCCUCCCAGCAUGGAUCACCUCAACAUGGACCUCUCCAUGGAUCGUCUCAUCCCCUGCUCCCAGAGCAUGCUGCUGUCAACAUGCCUGAUGGAAAUGGGCCUUGUGGACCCCCCCAUCACUUACAACCUGUGCCUGAUAUCUCCUGUUGUUUUCCCGGGGUGGACACAGCGCCGGUUCGAGACCAGGCAUGCGAGAAUGUGUCUCAGGUCUCUUUCCCACGUCAGGCAGUCUGGGAGGCUGAUGUGAAGGUGGUUAAAGGAGUAGGAGGAGGGAGCUCGUCCAGGGAGCUGCUGGGACAGACGGGGGGACUGCUGCUAAGUGACUCCCUCUUCUCUAAAGAACUAGAAAACAUGGGCAAACACCUCGCUGAGGUGGAGAAGGACCUGGCCAAACUGGCGGAGCAGGGGAAACUAGCCCAGCGGAGCCCCAACAGCCCCCACAGUAGUCUGCUCCUCACCCCUCUGUUCCACACCUCCCUCCCGGGGGGAACCCUCCCCAACACUCUACCCUUACCAGGCCAGACCUCCAGACCCCAGUCCCCCGUCCUCAGCGCCCGCUCAGCCAAGCCCAGCUCCAUAGGCUACCCCCUGGUCAGCCCCAAACUUAGCCCUCUGCUCACCCGGAAACCAACCUCUCUCACCAUGACGACUGGUCACAGAACUCAUUCUCCCAGCAACCCCGGCAGCAGAACUACAACUCCUAGAACCCCCAGCAGCAGGCCCAUGACCCCCAACAGCCUGCUGACCUCCAGGUCGGCCAUGACGGCCGUGACCCCAGGGGUUGGAGGUCACGGGGGUCAUAAGGAGGUGACGUUCAGGAGGUCGAGGAGCAGACCGGUGACCCCCACCAGUCAGCCGACCCGACCCAGGCCCCUGCUCACCCCUCCUGGGCUGAGUACGACAGAUAGUCUGGGCAAGGCCUCCAGCCUCAGGGCCUAUCUGUCAGAGGAUGAGUUCUACCAGCAGCUGCAGGCCAUCAGACAGCCAUGGCACAUUCCCAGUGACACAGAGAGUGACCUUCUGGAACCACCUGAGCAGGACAAGUGUGGGGUACAAGAUGCCAAUAAGAGAUCCGUGUUCUCAGGCCUAUAGUGAUGAAGACCAGAGAGAGAGACAUUGAUCCAAUCAAAUAAUUAUGCAAACCACUGGGUAUUUUCAAUAUUGUGUACAGAGACCAUUAUUUUUUAUAAUUCACUCAGUGAGGAAUAUAAAAAAAGAUUGUAUACUUUUUCCACAGAGGUUGAUAUUUCUGAGACCAUGUAGCACCAAGAUGUGUGAACUAUUGUCAAAAAUAGGACAACUUUAGAGUAUGAAGUAUGAAAUAUAACUGAAUAUUUCUUUGUGCUUGCUAUUUUAGCAUGCUUACGUCUUUAAAGGAGUUGAAAGAAAAAUCUAGAAGCAUACUUUGAAACAGUAGCACAUGUACUGUACUGUACUGUAUAGAGCCAAUCUCUGAAUAGGCACUUAAGGGCUGGUUUUUAAAGUGGAAUGGCUUUCAAGGGAAUAAAAUAAUGGAGCAGAUAUUCACCUUGAAUUGAAGAUUAUUUUCCCCCACACUACAUUCUGUAGCCUGAUCCCAGAUCUGUUUUUAUUUUAAACCUAAAGCUCCAUUGUUUAAAAAAACAGUAGCUGGUAUGCAGGCUUUCGUACAGAUACUCACCUUGAUUUGAAAAGGAUAUCCUUCCUUCUUUUGCACCAAAUUUAGUUCAUUCUAAAUUCUGUUCAUUCUAAAUUCUGUUAAUAACUUGAAGAGUGUUUCUUCAUCACACCAUGGGUCUGUUCAGGAGACUGCGACAUAAGAACUUGCCCCUGGUAAGGGAAGCCUGGAAUCCCGAUUCCUCCUUCCGGGAUUUCUUGGGAAAACCUAGACAUUUUGGGAAAGGUAACAAUCCUGGUCUACACUGUUAUGUUGAUCUACGACUGUUCCUUUUGUAGCUAUGAGUUUUGUUAUACUUCUGUUGACAUGCAAAUACUUACAAAAUGGAUAAAAGAUUGUUUCUUUUUUAUGUACUGACUGAACCAUUGAAUAAAAACCUGGAAGUGA